AAAAGUCUCUGGAGAUCAAAUCCGGCGAACUGUGAGAACAACUCCGGUGAAGUAGAUUGUUCACUUUGGACGUAGAAGAAGACUGUUCAGUUCAGAGAGAUCGGAAAGAUGUAUGAUGUGAUGUUGGAUGAGGCGAACUUGUGGCAUCACGAACAGGAUGAACCUCCUCUCCGUAAGCGGAAGAUCGAAGAAGCUCCUCCACCUUCACCUGUCGAAGACGUUUAUUUCUCCGACGAAGAAGAUCCUGAGGAACAAGAAAAGUAUCGUCUUCAAGUUGUUGAGUCUUGUGGAUUUGAUGUUGAUUACUGCAACCAUACGUAUAAUGGGAUAAUGCCGGGUGGAUGUAGUCCCUAUGACAAACUCUUUGCAAAGGCUGGACUCCAUUGUUACAAUCUUGAAAAGGGAAAGAAGUUAGAAUUCAAGAGUCUAGUCAAAUUCUUAUUCAACUUCUGAGGUGAUGGAUCCUAUCAACAACUCAAUUCACACUUUCCAAACA